CAUAAUAUACCAACCACCGUACAUACACCAUCACGGCGCCAAUUGCCACCUUCCUCCACCGUGAACCUCCCACUCCCAGUGUUAAUCUUGAAUGAGGCAAAAUUUCUGCAGAGCCCAACCUAACAAAACCAAUUUGAAGUUCUCCAGAUGUUGAGAAGUAUCAAUCUUUUGCCGUCAUCACUGAGCCUCCGUGCAGCAUCUUCACUGCACAUUCUACCGGAAAUGGCCUCAAAGGGUAAAUCUUUUUUACAUUCUGAGUCAACCCUUUUAAAUUCUUCCAAGAAUCAUGAUGAAUUUUCAGCUGAUGUAGAGAAGGUUUAUAGAAUUUUGAGAAAGUUUCAUUCAAGGGUUCCAAAACUUGAGCUUGCUUUGCUAGAAUCUGGUGUCCUAGUACGUUCAGGCUUGACCGAACGUGUAUUGAGUCGUUGUGGUGAUGCUGGGAAUUUAGGCUACAGAUUCUUUGUAUGGGCCUCAAAGCAACCUGGUUAUAGGCAUAGUCAUGAUACAUACAAAUCAAUGGUCAAGAUUUUGGGGAAAAUGAGGCAGUUUGGUACUGUAUGGGCACUUGUUGAAGAGAUGAGGAAAGAGAAUCCUCAUUUUUUGACACCAGAAGUGUUUAUUGUAUUGAUGAGGAGAUUUGCCUCAGCUAGAAUGGUAAAGAAAGCGAUCGAGGUGUUGGAUGAGAUGCCCAAAUAUGGUUGUGAGCCAGAUGACUAUGUUUUCGGGUGUUUGUUGGAUGCUUUGUGUAAGAAUGGUAGCGUAAAAGAGGCAGCUGUGUUGUUUGACGAAAUGAGGUUUAGGUUUACCCCUACCAUAAAGCAUUUUACUUCAUUGUUAUAUGGUUGGUGUAAAGAAGGGAAGCUUGCUGAGGCGAAAGUCGUGUUGGUGAAAAUGAGAGAGGCAGGUUUCGAGCCAGACAUUGUGGUUUAUAACAACUUGCUCAAUGGUUAUGCAGUGUCUAGGAAAAUGGCUGAUGCAUUUGAUCUUCUGCAGGAGAUGACCAAAAAAGGUUGCAACCCUAAUGCAACUUCUUAUACAAUAGUUAUUCAGGCACUUUGUUCGCAAGACAAGAUGGAGGAAGCUAUGCGGGUAUUCUUGGAUAUGGAGAGAAGCGGAUGUGAAGCUGAUGUUGUGACGUAUACUACCUUGAUAAGUGGAUUUUGUAAGUGGGGAAAGAUUGAAAAAGGUUAUGAACUUCUGGAUGAUAUGCUGCAGAAAGGGUAUAAUCCAAAUCAGACUACUUAUUUGCAUAUAAUGUUAGCCCAUGAGAAGAAGGAAGAGUUGGAAGAGUGUUUGGAACUUGUUAAGGAAAUGGAGAAUAUCGGUAUACCUCCUGACCUUUGCAUCUAUAAUACAGCGAUUCGUUUAGCUUGUAAAUUGGGGGAAAUUGAUGAAGCUGUGCAAGCAUGGAACCAAAUAGAAACGAACGGGAUCAGUCCAGGGGUUGACACCUUUGUCAUUAUGAUUAAUGGUUGUGUUGAUCAAGGGCGUCUAAUAGAAGCUUGUGAUUACUUUAAAGAAAUGAUCGGACGAGGUCUUCUGUCUGCUCCUCAAUAUGGUACUCUGAAGGACCUGUUGAAUACUCUGUUACGAGCAGAGAAACUUGAACUAGGUAAAGAUGUCUGGAGUUGCAUAAUGACCAAAGGAUGUGAGCUUAAUGAGUAUGCAUGGACCAUUUGGAUUCAUGCAUUGUUUUCUAAUGGACAUGUAAAAGAGGCUUGUUCGUACUGCUUAGAUAUGAUGGAUGCUGGUUUGAUGCCUCAGCCAGACACAUUUGCUAAGCUUAUGCGGGGUCUAAGGAAGCUUUAUAAUAGACAGAUUGCAGCAGAGAUUACAGAGAAGGUGAGGAAAAUGGCUGCAGAGAGAAAUAUGACUUUCAAGAUGUACAAGCGACGUGGUGAAAGAGACUUGACAGAAAAAGCUAAGGCAAAACUGGAUGGGAGAAAGAGGAGAGCUCGUCGACGUCGUUGGGGUAGCCAUCAUAGUCAAGCUAACACUUUAUGAUAUAACACUUUAUGAUGUGAGAUAUCAGUGAGGAGGAUGCUACCAUGUUGACGCUGUUUGACUUCAUAUUACGUGGAGGGGGUAGCCUGGUGCACUAAGCAAGCUCCUGCUAUCGCGGGGUCCAGGGAAGGGUCGAACCACAUUGGGUCUUAUGUACGCAGCCUUACCUUGCAUUUCUACAAGAGGCUAUUUCCGCGGCUUGAACCCAUGAACUCAAGAUCACAUGGCGGCAGCUUUUACCGUUGCACUUAAUUCACUAAGUAUAUUCUAGUUUGCUCUGUCCUUCAGUCAAGGGAGAAGGCUUACACAUAAACGCUUAGCAGCUUCCAGCUAAAAUGUGCACCAAGGCAACCAAAUGAUGUAAUUAUUACAUAGCAAAUCUCAGGUUUCAUGGAUGCUGAUAAAUUAGAUGUUUCCUCACAGUCAUAUACCUGGCGUAAUAGUUGUUGUUGACUUUAUGGAUCAGUUAUCUGAUGUCUUAUGCAAGGAACAGCUAAAAGAUUAUAUACAUUAAUUUAGACGCACUGGAAGAGCAAUGCUCCCAGGUCAUUCAAGAAGAGUGAUAACUUAUUGAAGACAUUUCGUCUUUAUUAGGAGCGAAAGAUACAAGGACUCGGAAGUUCAUUGCUCGUGCCUUUUACUGCCAAGAUAUAGGGGUGUCUGUGCGAGAUGGAGUGGAGAAUUGAGGUACAGGAGGAAAGGGCAUUUGAAGGUAUCUGGUAUCCCUCUGGUGCUUCUUCCGUUGUACCGUUGCUGAGCCUCUCUUUUACUUGUUUACAGUUGUGCUAGAUCCCCAGGCCUUUUUAAUCUUUCGUAGAUGAUCCCGUGAUCCUUUUCUAUGCAAUCACUUCACUCGUCGUGCCAGCUUUGGCAAUUACGGUUCCGGAGCUGAGUCUACAAUUCAUGCGAAGUUACUAAUCAUGUAACUUGUUCAACAUGAUGCGAGGCCUUGGAAAAAAUAAUCAUGUUACCUUUGUUGACUAUUAUUCUUGAACUUGGUUGUUUUUAUGAAAAGUGAUUUUCAAUAUUCAAAAA